AUGGUAACAAACGCUUUUUCAGGUCAAUGUCCUGCUGCUACUUGCCCUCUUGGAACUAUGAGAGCAUCUCCUGGUAAUGUAACUGUAACUUCACUUACCUGCAAUGGUGACGCUCAAUGGGUUGACGAUCAAGAGACCGUUUAUACUUCGGCGCAAUGCGAAGCACCAUGUACUGAGUGUCCAGCAAUUACAAAUAGUGGAAUGGAAUGUCCGAAAGGACUUUUGUGCGAAGUAGCAUCUACCCGUGAA